AGUCAGUCUUUGCUCCUUGUUUGGGAAGCAAGUGGGAGGGGAACAAGCCAAGGGGCUAUAUAACCCUUCAGCUCUCAGCUUCCCUGAACACCACCCAGAGCAGAGAAGCCCGGCCAAGCACUGUCAGGGACCCUGUGAGGUAGCUCCAGCAGCGAUGUGUGAAGAAGAGGACAGCACUGCCCUGGUGUGCGACAAUGGCUCUGGGCUCUGUAAGGCCGGCUUCGCUGGGGACGAUGCUCCCAGGGCUGUUUUCCCAUCCAUUGUGGGCCGUCCCAGACAUCAGGGAGUGAUGGUGGGAAUGGGUCAAAAAGACAGCUACGUGGGUGAUGAAGCACAAAGCAAAAGAGGAAUCCUGACCUUGAAGUACCCGAUAGAACACGGCAUCAUCACCAACUGGGAUGACAUGGAAAAGAUCUGGCACCACUCUUUCUACAAUGAGCUUCGUGUUGCCCCAGAAGAGCAUCCAACCCUGCUCACCGAGGCACCCUUGAACCCCAAGGCCAAUCGGGAAAAAAUGACACAGAUUAUGUUUGAGACUUUCAAUGUCCCAGCCAUGUAUGUGGCCAUUCAGGCUGUGCUGUCCCUCUAUGCCUCUGGACGAACAACUGGCAUCGUGCUGGACUCUGGGGAUGGUGUCACCCACAACGUGCCCAUCUAUGAGGGCUAUGCCCUGCCGCACGCCAUAAUGCGUCUAGACCUGGCUGGCCGAGAUCUCACCGACUACCUCAUGAAGAUCCUGACCGAGCGGGGCUAUUCCUUCGUGACUACUGCUGAGCGUGAGAUUGUCCGGGACAUCAAGGAGAAACUGUGCUAUGUAGCUCUGGACUUUGAAAAUGAGAUGGCCACUGCUGCGUCAUCCUCCUCCCUUGAGAAGAGCUACGAGCUGCCUGAUGGGCAGGUGAUCACCAUCGGAAAUGAGCGCUUCCGCUGUCCAGAGACCCUGUUCCAGCCAUCCUUCAUCGGGAUGGAAUCUGCUGGCAUCCAUGAAACCACCUACAAUAGCAUCAUGAAGUGUGAUAUUGACAUCAGGAAGGACCUCUAUGCUAACAACGUCCUCUCAGGGGGCACCACCAUGUACCCCGGCAUUGCCGACCGGAUGCAGAAGGAGAUCACAGCCCUGGCGCCCAGCACCAUGAAGAUCAAGAUCAUUGCCCCUCCGGAGCGCAAGUACUCUGUCUGGAUCGGAGGCUCCAUCCUGGCCUCUCUGUCCACCUUCCAGCAGAUGUGGAUCAGCAAACAGGAGUACGAUGAGGCUGGGCCCUCCAUCGUCCACCGCAAAUGCUUCUAAAACACCGCCCUGCUUUCUGUCUUUGUCUGGCACACAACUGUGAAUGUUUUGUGGAAGAACACCUUCAAUUCCUUUCCAAAUCAUUCCUAGCCAAAACUCUGAUUGGUUACCUAUGUGUUUUUUAAAUAAAUCUGAGAUAUGCUACCAGUAA